CCAUUCAUCCUUUCCUAACGAAUUUCCACCAAGAGUUUUUGCAUUAAGGAAUUUUCCACCAAGAGUUUUUGCAUUAAGGAAUUUACGUAAAUAAGAAGCCUAGAUUGAUCCAAUUUUUGAGGAAUUAAUUAAUUAUAUAUUAUUUUUAUAUUAUAGUGAAUUAGUGGGAUACAAUAUGUCCUGCCUGUAUAUAAAUAAGAAGCUUAGGCUUCUUUAGAUUAUAUACAUAUAGAAGUUUAAAAAAAGUAACAUAUAGCUGAGAGAGAAGUGAAAACAGAGAGAUGAUGAUGAUGGAGUGGAAAUGGUUAUGGUUUAUUAGGAUUGCAGUAAUGUUGUUGGUGUUAGAAGGAUGCAGAUGGUGUACUAUUGAUGCUUGUUUGGAGCAUGAGAGAAUCGCUCUCUUGCAUCUCAAGCCUUUCUUCAAUUAUCGUCAUCAAUUGCAAAGUUGGGUUGAGGUGAAGGGCUCAGAUUGUUGUAAAUGGGAAGGAGUUGAGUGUAACACCACCACUAGGAGAGUCAUACUACUCUCCCUUAAUUCUACAAGAUGGGAUGACAAUAUGGAUUACAACAUGGAUAAUAGGAAUCUCAAUGCCUGGUAUCUCAAUGCCUCUAUGUUUCUUCCAUUUGAGGAAUUGAAGAGUCUUUAUUUGUCGGGAAAUGCCAUAGGUGGUAACCUUGAAAAUGAAGGUUUUGGAAAACUAUCAUCCACAUUGAGUAAUUUGGAGAUCCUUGACUUAAGUGAAAAUUACUUGAAUGAUAGCAUUUUGUUAUCUUUGAGUGAGCUUUCAUCUCUCCGGUAUUUAGAUCUAUCAUCCAACCAAUUUGAAGGAUCAAGUCAUCCAAGAGCUUUUCAAUUGCUUUCAAGACUCAAUAACUUGGAAACUCUUGAUUUAAGUGGGAAUUCUUUGAAGAAUAGCAUUUUGUUCCAUAUGAGAAAUCUUUCAUCCUUGAAGACUUUAAGAUUGAGUGGUAAUCAGUUGAAAGGAAAGCUGCUGGUUCAUAUUCAAGGAUUGAAUAAUUUGACAAACUUGAAAUACUUGGAUUUAAGUGGCAACAACAUUGAAAGCAUCUCAAACCAAGUAAUGAUAGAUGGAAUACAACUGAGGUUAACAAACUUGGAGGAACUUGAUUUGAGUGGUAAUCUCUUUCGGAAUAACACAAUUUCCUCUCUUGAAGGGCUUUCAAGCCUAAAGUCUUUGACUUUGUCCUACAACCAUUUGCAAGGCUCAUUAGAUAUUAAAGGAUUGAGCAAUUUGAUAAGUUUGAAGAAACUCGAUUUAAGUUGGAAUCAAAUUGAAAAGUUUCAAUCUUUUAAAGAUGGUGAUAGAAAACUGGAGUUGACCCACUUGGAAGAGCUUUAUUUAGAUGGAAAUCAGUUCAAUACUAGUGUAUUUGCAUCCCUUAACAAGCUUUCAAAUUUGAAAUCUUUGAGCAUAAGGGGCAAUCAAUUGAAAGGAUCAAUAGAUAUGAAAGAUUUGGAAGCAUUUAUCAAUUUAAGGGAACUAGAUAUGAGCGGCAAUGAAUUGAAAGAUUUGGUGAUCCACCAAGGAUGGUGUGAUCUAAGGAACCUUGAAGUGUUGGAUGUGAGUGACAAUGCACUUGAGGGGAUGCUUUCUCCUUGUUUUAGUAACUUGACAUCUCUUCGUGAGUUAGAUAUUUCAGGAAACCAUUUUCAAAUUCCGCUAUCAUUCGCACCAUUUGCAAAUCUUUCAAACCUCAAAGCCCUUUCAAUUGAUGAAAACAAGAUGGUAAUGGAACCUUCCUUUUAUACCUCAAUCCCAAAGUUUCAAUUGGAAGCCAUCAGUUUGUUGAAGUGCAUAACAUCUCAACAACUCAGUCUUAAACUUCCUACCUUCCUUUACUAUCAAUAUGACUUAAGAUAUGUGGAUCUUUCUCAAAACAAUGUCAGUGGAACAUUCCCAACUUGGUUGUUAGAAAACAACACAAAGUUAGGAGUUCUCAUCUUGAGGGGUAAUUCUUUUACAGGUCCUCUCUCAUUACCGUCAGCUCCUAAUUCUAAUGUGUCUUUAAUUGACAUAUCCCAAAACAAAUUACAAGGUCAAAUUCCGACCAGUAUAUGUUCAACUUUUCCACAUUUGAGUCGGUUAUUCUUAUCCAAGAAUGCUUUUGAAGGUAAUAUCCCACUUUGUUUAAGUGGCUUAAAGGACUUAUCUUUUUUAGAUCUAUCAAACAAUCAAUUGUAUGGAAAAGUACCAGAAGAGUUGAUCACGAAAGGCUCACUGAUCAUUUUGAGGCUAUCAAAUAACAACCUCAGUGGAAAUGUAGUUCCUGUGAUUCUCAACGCAAAUGGGGUGCAGAAUUUAUAUUUGGAUGGAAAUAAUUUUUCAGGAGAGAUGACAAAUGUUGAUGUGUCUACUUUUGAGUUUCCAAAUUCACUAAGCGAAAUUGAUCUCAGUAACAACAAGUUGCAUGGAAAGCUCCCAAGAUGGAUAAGGAAUGCAUCGUUUUUGGUGAGAUUAGCUUUGUCCAACAAUGGUUUCGAGGGUUCUAUUCCAUUGGAAUUUUGCAAGUUGAAUAGGUUGGAAUUUUUGGAUCUUUCUCAAAAUAAUUUAUCUGGCUCUGUACCGUCAUGUUUUAAUCCACCAAACAUAGAGCAUGUCCACCUCCACAGGAAUAGAUUGAGAGGUCCACUAUCACUUGCUUUUUAUAAUAGCUCUUCACUAGUGACUUUAGAUCUUAGAGGAAACAAUUUGACAGGUAGUAUUCCAAAAUGGAUUGACACACUUUCUUCUUUGAGUGUUCUUCUCUUGAAAGAUAAUCAUUUUCACGGCAAAGUUCCAGUUCAGUUGUGCAAGUUGCAUUCUUUAAGCAUCAUAGAUCUUUCUCAAAAUAUGUUUUCUGGUCCUAUACCUUCUUGUUUGGGAAAUUUAUCUCUUCCAAUACAAGGGAAUAAGAAUCUAGGAAUUGGGUUCUAUGGUCUGCCUAUAGAAGAGGAUGAAUCAACAUCCAUUGUGACGAGAGGAAUUUCCUAUCCUGAAAGCUACUUAGAAGAAGUAAUAGAGUUCACAACAAAGAGUGGGUUCUAUUCAUACAAGGGUGACAUCCUUUCAUAUAUGACUGGGGUUGAUUUAUCUUGCAACAACUUCACUGGUCAUAUCCCACCAGAAUUAGGGAACUUGAGUGAAAUCCAUUCUUUAAACUUGUCACACAAUAAGUUGACUGGAGUUAUACCCUCAUCAUUCUCAAAACUUCAGCACAUUGAGAGUUUGGACCUUUCUUACAACAACUUGAGUGGUGAAAUCCCCAAUCAAUUGGUAGACUUGAACUAUUUGGAGGUUUUCAGCGUGGCAUACAACAACUUGUCAGGUAGUAUUCCUGAACCAAAAGCUCAAUUUGGGACCUUUAUUGAAAACAGUUAUGAGGGAAAUCCUUUUCUUUGUGGAGCUAUAUUGCAUAAAAGUUGUUCCAAUACCGAUUCACCAUCAACGAUAUCAACUGUAUCAAAAGAUAAAGGAGAAGAUGGUUUGAUAGAUACUUAUGGUUUUUGUGUGAGCUUUUUGGUUUCUUAUGUAGUUGUUUUGUUGACAAUUUUUGUUGUCCUCUACAUAAAUCCAUACUGGCGAAGAGCUUGGUUUUCUCUCGUUGGGAAAUAUAUCACCACCUGUCGCUGCUCACAUGUGAGCAAUUUUCUUACUUAUCACAUUUUCAAGCAAUGUGUUUAGCUACUCAGAUUGUGAUUUGAUUUCCACACCUAAAUUGAGCGAUAGUGAAUAUUUUGUUGAUUUUUGCAUUUUGAAUAAAAGCUCUUUAUCUUAUGGUUUUAUCAUUUUCAAA